AUGUCGUCAGAUUUGUCGGAUUUGAGCGAUUCCGCUAUUCUCGGCAGGAACGCUUCAAACGUCAAGCUUAAUUUUCCAAGAACUUGGAUCAUGGCUGUACCUUCCUUCUAUUCAUUCUUCUUCUUGGGAACGUACAGUACCUUCUUGGCCACCCACUUCUCGGUCAGAGCUCGUGCUCUAGCUGCCUUCUUAGGUCCCACCGGGGCUGUCUGUACCGCUCUGCUGUUCGGUCGAUUCCUCGACAGCAAAAGGAUCUCACAAAAGGUCAAGAUCUGGCUAGGUAUGACUUUGGUACUCGUUCCACAACUCGCAAGUUUCAUCUGGGUCGGUAUCGAGUGGAACAAGUAUCCGAAUACAGUCGCCUUGGAUUAUGAUUUGAGUCGAUCAACAGCAUACCUCGGUCAACUGCUCAUGCACUGUUUUGGAUUCUGUUUCCAAGUCUAUCUAUAUUGGAACUUGGCUACUUUCUCGAACGUUCUCAAAGCAGCUUCCAGAAUCGGUGGUACUUUCCGUGCAUUCGAAUGUGCCGGUCAAGCCACUUCGUUCGGUCUGGUGUCUAAAUAUCCUAGAGCCCUCAGGACUUUUUACUUCAAUGCUUCUCUGUCUGUCCCAGCCACGAUCUUCUGA